CAGCGGUGAGAGUAUUGUGAUGCUCAGCCCCAAAUGCUUGUCGGGGGUGUUUUUUUUGCGGUGUAAUAAUUGCACACACGAAGAAGUGGUGAUGACGUCAUAAUGGUGCAUUAGUGAGGGUAGGUUAGUUGGAUUGAAAAGGUCUGAAGCCAAGGAUCCCUCAUUACAGUCUGAACACCUCAGCUGAGCUCACAUCUGCUGCCAGGAUCCCUCAUUACAGUCUGGAGAAAGUGAAUCAGUGUAUCUCCUUCCAAAAUGAGCAGGGACGUUCCUAUCCACAGCUGGUCCGGCUCCUACUACAUCAACAGUGAGAAGCGGUGGGAAAAUGGCACUCUGUCCAUCACCAGGACCAUGGUGCGCUUCGUCUCCAGCCAGAGUAAAGAGAGUCUGGCCGGCUUCCGCCUCUCCAGGAUCAUGGAUAUAAAGAUGGAGUCGUCCAGUUUUAUCUUCAGCACUCUUACGGUGCUUGAAGAGGGCAACGUGAAACACUGGUUUGGUUCCCUUAAGCCCAACAGGGUGGUGGUUUAUAAUGUGUUAGAGCAUUUCUGGAGAGAACGCCUUCUGUCCCCCAACUCAGAAACCCGGGGGGCCGAAUGCAAGCCCUCUAAAGGCAGAGAGCUGAUCAACCUGGUGGCAGGGUCCCAGAGAAGAAUGGAGGACACCGGCGUGGUCCUCAGCAACCAAGGAGAGCAGUUUGACAAUAUGAUGCAGGGGCUGGAGAAGAUUGACUCGGAUCUGGGCGUGGCUGAUAAACUUUUGUUGGAGCUGGAGUCUCCCUCCUGGUGGCCUUUUGGUAAACUCCCCUGGAAGACCCAGCAGGAAGCCAAGGCUGAGGAUGCUGCACGAGCUGCAGCUGCCGCAGCUUCUGCAGCUGGCAAAGGGUCCGGUAGAAAUAAGGUGAUCGCAAGCAUCCCUGCUGUAGUGACCAAAGGCGGGACCUCUGACUUAAAACCCGGAUGCUUGGUGGUGCUGGUCUCCUCGCUGGAGGUGCGAGACACAAACUGCCAACUCAUUCACCGCUUUGAACGAAAUGAAAUCGAUGAGAUCCGGGUGCACAGUCCGUACGAGAUCACUGUUAGACAGCGGUUUAUUGGGAAGCCAGAUAUAUGCUACAGGUUCCUGUCUGCCAAGAUGCCGGAGGCAAUGUCCGUGUUGGAUAUGCAGUACAAAAAGAAAGUGGAGUUCACUAGUGAAUACGCUGCUUUCAAAGCAACUCCAGUUUCAUCUCCGAGUGGCACUGAGGGGCCAAACUGGAAUGAAGGUUUGCUGCAAAAGUGCCAAGACACAGAGCUCCCACUGGAGGUCCCAGCGGGAGAGCUGUCCCAGUUGCAGGUGCACGUUCUCCAGCCAUCUGUCAGUCAGGCUGAGGCCCAGGAACUCAAACAGAUGCUGAUGCAGCUGAAGAACCUUGCCCUGGAGGCAGAGACGGAGCUGGAACGGCAGGAUGAGGUUCUGGACGACCUGACCAGCUCCACUGACAGAGCAACCAUGCACAUAGAGAAGCACACCUGCCGCAUGAAAAGACUGCUGUAGCUCUGACGGUCCGGCAGACACAUGCGGUCAACAUGUUGCUCCUGAGAAAAUGCACCGUACGCUUCCUCGUUGCCCUCCAGGAUUUGGUAGAAAAGAGAACCGCGGAAAACAGCGGUAAGGACUUGCAUUUCAAAAAUACUUCAUAGGAUUUUUGUUCCUUUAUAAUAACAUGGGUUCAAGUAUCAGUGAUUUCUGGGAAGUGCAGCAAAUUUUGCUCAAUACUAAAGAUGUUCACCAAUAUCCCUGAAAUUUGCAGAUUGUGAUUAAGAUCUUGCGCUUUGUGGAAAUAUAAAUCUAUAUCUUUGUUUUUUAAUUCAUUAAUUUAUUUGAAGUAAUCCAAACACGUAUGACUGUAUUAAAUGAUCCAUCUUUAUUAAAGGUAGAGUCCGCACUCUGCCCUCUGAAUGUGCUUCCUGAAGUGCUAACUAAAUAACUGACCCGAUCACCACUUGGUUCGGAUUCUGUGGAAAGAAAGGUGUGCUCUGAAAAAAUGAACAAUAGGUUAAAUAACCAAAGUGGGCCCCCUGAUUGCCCACCCAGCACUCGAUUCAGUUCCUGGUAGUGGUGCUUUGGGUUGGUUUAGCCUGGUGUAUCCCUAUUGCAAUGUUCUUAGUGGGAAGCCUGUGAGGGAUCAAAUUCUCAUCGGUGCACUUGGGACUCCAGCUGAUUUUUUGAGGCACCGGGUGGGAUUUGGGGGGAAUAGCUCGAAUCCUCAUUGCAUCUCAUGCUCCUGAUGACUUUGUGUGUAUCAGAAGAGACAAACAGAUGUUUACGCUUUACCCGGGUCCAGUAUGAGACACCAAUGACGAUGACAGUGACGGGCUAAAUGGACAUUUGAAAGUAACUAGCCCAUUUAUUCUCUCUGCACAAAUUAGUUUAUAACAAACUGCAUGUUGUUCCAUGGCAAUGUAGUAAAAUGUAAAAGACUGGAGGAUUACCUCGUGAUGUAAGUUGGGUUCACAGAUUUACCAAUAACAAGAUUUGCAAGUAAUAUAAAAAAAAGUUUUCCAGUGUCAUCGCAGUGAUAUCUGUGUUUCUGAUAUACAUGUACUGACAUUCUCCCUUUUUAGAACCUUUACUGUCCCGGUGACUUGUCUUUCUCAGGUCCUACAGUAGGUGUCACUUAUCCAUCCCUGUGGCUUAAUGUUGCAUGUCUCAAUAUUGCUGCCUUGUAUUGCAUCAAGUGAAAAUGACCCAUCCUUACCAAUAUAUAAAAUAAGACUGUAUAUGUGAAACUUAGUUCUGGGAAAACAGAACAUAAACACUCUGUUUGUUUUCAAAUAUUAUACACAAAAUACUCCAUAUUAAGGUCCAUAUCUACUGUUUAUGUCUUGCUAAAGAUUAAUAAUAUUCUAGCUCUUGACAGACAUAUUGUAUUGUAAUUAUGUGAUUUUAUUGUGGUCUGUUAUCACUCUUAACUUAGCUGGAAUUAAAACUUAAAAUGUCUGUACCAUGUUUUUAAAAAUCAUGAUUUCUGUGCUGUAUAGUGGCUGCUCUUUGCUAAAUUUAUCCCAACACUUGAUAAAACUAAACGAUAAGCUCUAAAUAUAAAGGGAAAAGUACACCUGCAUCGCUCUCAAGCAAACAAAUUAAUAGAUAAAGCAACACAACUGUCAUUGUAAGUAUUGGAAUGAAUUCUUUUUCAUUAAUUCAGCUAGGAAGUCGUCACCAUUGAAAGUCUGUAAUGGCAUAAUUUGCAAUAAAGAAA